UCGGGCAGGGAGUAGUCGGGAGGGAGAGCCCGAGUGGGAAGGUCGUCGUCGCUCUGUUUUGCCCCGCCCACACGCUGCUGCUGCUGUCGCUGCUGCCGCAGUCGCCAACACUACCGGCACGCGCGGCGCACCCUCGCUUUCUUCCUCACUCAGCUGGUUGCGACGGGAGCUCCUUCGUUGUCUGUUUUGUCUGUGGUUACCACAGACGGGAUGACACGCAGCACCUGAGCCUCAGACCGCUCCUCAUCUUGGAGGGGGAGUCGAGGCUAACAACUUGGAGUCCACGCCGCUGAAGCACAAGCAUACCAGCUUCCCGACGCUCCUGAGAACCUUUCAAGAUGAUGCUGGUGUUGCUGAUUGUCGCCUCGACCUGCUGUGCUCCUUUCACCUACGGGCAGGUCAUGGAUUUCGGCAACGUGCUGGGCGUGGCGCAAGGCGGGUCCCCGUGGAACUCUGACAAUGACUACUACUACGACACCCUCAACCCCCCCACACGCCCAGCCCGUCAUCACAUCGCACGCACAGCAGCUCAUGAUCGACGAGGGUGACCAGGUUGAGCUUCCCUGUGUCGUCACUAACUUGGGAGAGUACAAUCUGAUAUGGCGACACGGCAAUGAAAUCUUGUGGAUCCUGCUGGAGAAACAUGGGGAAAGGCUUGAGCAGGAAAUGACGACGCGUGACAGCCGCCUCAGCCUGGAGGGGACGGCACUCAACCUACGGGACGCCCAAGCGGGAGACGCGGGUACCUAUACAUGUGAGGUUUCUACAAAGCCGCCACGCACCCUCAACCACACGCUGGAUGUCAGAGUGCCGCCCACCGUGUUCCCGGCACACAACCGCAGCGUGGUCACUGUCAAGAUGGGGAGCUCCGUCACCAUCGCCUGCCACCCCUACGGAAACCCUCGCCCUUCCAUCACCUGGAACCUCAAGCGGUGUGAGUGGCUGAUAGCAAGUCUCCAUGUCUCGCAGGGGAGGAAGCUGACGCGCGUCCCCUCCGGUAACAGGCUGGUGGUGACCAACGCCCAGCCUGAGGACAACGGAAUGUACACGUGCACUGCGGACAACGGCGCCCCAACCACCGCCAAGGCUGUCAUCACGCUACAGGUUAUGUUCCCGCCGAGAGUGAGGGCAGAGGAGGAGGAGGUGAUCACGGGGAUCUCCUACGGCGCCACACUGGCCUGCUUCGUGGAGGCUGAGCCCAUGGCAAGGGUCAACUGGUACCGAAAAGGAGACAUCCCCGUGGACCCUCUCAGACUGCCGAAGAAGGUGGACGCCAGGAGGAGGUACUCACUACAGUUCGACAUGGUGACCCUGGAGGACUUCGGCGUGUACACCUGCAACGCCACCAACUACAUGGGCAACUCCUCGGCAGUGAUACACCUCACGGGCCGCCCCAAGCCUGUCAGGUACUUCAGUUCGCCCCAAGGAGAGGAGAACACCACUUACACUCUAGUCUGGGACGUGGAGAGCUACGCGCCAGUGCUCACCUACACCAUCUCCUACGGCAACGAGAGCGACCCUGAGGACCAGUGGGUGAACCUGAUGGUGCCCGGCACGUCCUCCUCCUCCAGCCUGCACUCCAGCAGCCACACCUUCGACAACCUGCAGCCCGGCGCCACCUACCACGUGCAGGUCACCGCCACCAAUGAGUUCGGGGAGAGUGACGUUAACGAGACCUUUGCCUUUUCCACGCUGCAGGAAGCCGGCAACAUCUCCCCCGAGGGCGACAAGCCUACGGGGGAUCAACACCCCCACCCACCCAGCCACCAAUCCCAAGACGUGGUUUCAGAGACAGACGAGGAAGAGGAGUCCUCUCAGGUGACUCCCAUCAAGGACGCCGCACCAUUCGGAACCACGGAUGGCGAAGGCGCUAAACCAACGCUGCAGGAGCCACAGGUCAUCCACGACGGGGUAGCAACGGCAGAGUCUUCAGCAUCAGCACAGGACUCCGCGGCGCCCACCCUCACCCCCGCAGAACGCCGGACGCAAAUGGGGGCUUUCCUAACGGCAAUCAUCCUCUCCUGUUUUUUCUCAUAAUCUGCUAUGAGGCUGUGAGCAGAAUCGUCUUCAUCCCAGGCCUGGAGAUGUACCUGGCAAGAGACGUGACAGAUCUGGAUUACGAGUGAGCCGCCAAGGAGAUAAUACAGGAGUAUCCGGCGGAAAGCGACUUGUGAAUGCCAGCGGUCACGGCCUGUGUGCCUAAAGUCUGCAGUCGACAGUCGGGAUCUCAGAGGGAAGGAAAAUGAUGAGCAUAUGUGGAACGAGAAAAUAUUAUUAUGGACUUCAUUUGUCGAGGAUCAGAGACGAUGUACCCGAGUGUGCAGGUGAAGCGUGCCCAGGUGGAGCGAGGCGUGGUGUGGCGGUGGUGUUUGGCUUGCAGGUGACCUCAAUGCCGCGAGGUGAGUACUGUAGCAAGGAGACAGAACGGGAGACUCGCCAAGCACUCCAGGCGGCAGUAAGGUACACACACACACACACACACACACACACACACACACAC